CGCUUCAGUGGUGUUAAAUUGGGCUUUGGCUUUUGCCUUCAUUGUUCAGUGUAUGUCCGAAAUCUGAUCGAUUCUUUUGAUUAUUUAGAGAUGAUAUUAAUUUUAGAGUCUUUUAAAGGUUUUUGUGAAUCUCGGAUGCUACCGUACGAAAGGACUUCUCUAGAUGACUGCCAGGAGCGUUUCUACAAAGACAUUUGCGAAUACUUCUCAUGCAAAGGAGCAUAUUCAUCCUCAGGACCAUCUCCAUCUUCAGGAGCAUCUGCAGGUGCAGCAGCAUUUGCUGGUGGAGCUCCACCUGCGAAACCCAAAGAGUUUGACCAUAUUGCCGCCAUCGGUUGGACAAAUCAAGAUCGCACCGGUAUACGAUGGUUGUGUGGAGGAUCGUUGAUCUGGGAAAACUUCAUCCUUACAGCGGCCCACUGCACAGUGGAUGACAACAAUAAACCGCCGGAUGUGGCUCGCAUGUUAGAUCUCAACAUCUAAAGAUGCUAAAGAUGACCAAAACGCAGUAGAAUUGAAGAUUAUCGAUAUUAUCCGUCAUCCAAAUUAUCUACACACCUCGACGUAUUAUGAUAUCGCAUUGCUCAAGCUCGAGAAGAAUAC